AUGACCCAAAAUCUCCGGGACCAACCGUUGCCCUUUGGCAUUCAACGCAGCCGCAGCCGGCUCGGUGAGCUGCUGGCGGCAGAUACUCUCGUUGCUGCAGGUUCAGCAACACUGAUCACCCCGGCGGUGAUGAUAUUUGACCGACUCGUUGUGGAAAAGUCAUUCUAUAACCAGCCACUGCUGCCGGCAUUCCGUCGGCACCUGUGGUUCUCCAUCACCCAGCCCGCCACGUUCCUCACCUCGCGGCCCAGUUUGCUGGUGUGGUCUCUCUAUACCGCAACAUUCGCCACGGCCAACGCUUCUGAAACCAUCCUGAGCAAGCUCUCGCCCAAGAUCGACCAUGCCAUUGCCGGUAUGACAACCUUUGCCUCGACUUUUGUGGUUAAUUCCUCCGUCGGGAUCUGGAAAGACGUGAAAUUCGCCCAACUCUUCGGCCACAGCAGUACAUCCAAACCUACACCCACUACUGCCUCCACAACUACUACUACCGCCACUUCCUCUUCUACAACAACAAACCAAUCCAUCUCACAACCAAACUCCAACCCUCCACCCCCACCCAAAACCGCCCGCUCCAUCGGCCGCACCCGCAUCCCACUAGCCACCUACUCAGCCCUCCUCCUCCGCGACGGCCUAACAAUCUUCGGAUCCUUCAGCCUCCCAGCCAUGGUAUCGACCUCAAUCCCAGACUCAGUAGCAUCACAGGAAUACCUCAAGAUCCUAAUCGCCCAGUUAGCCAUCCCAGCCUCGAUCCAACUCGUCAGCACGCCGAUCCACCUCCUCGGACUGGAUCUAUAUAACCGGCCGCAGACGCUGCCGAGCCGCGACCGCGUGUCGCGCGUGAGUCGGGACUGGAUUGGGGCGUCGCUGCUGCGCAUGUGUCGCAUUAUCCCGGCGUUUGGGAUUGGCGGGUUUGUGAAUACUGAGGGGCGGGUGUAUUUGCAUGAGAUGUUGGAUGGACGGGCCUGA